GGCACACUUUGACCAGUUUUCUUGGAGGUGGUUGCGUUUUAAAGCUGUCUCCAAAAUGCAGUGCAAUUUGGUUUUUAUUUUUCUGUUUUGUGUUUUUGGGAAAUGUCUUUGCGAGGAACGAGCAAAUUUUAAAGGGUGUCGUGUUAUUCGAGCUACUCCCGCAAAUGAAGCCCAGCUAAAGCUUCUUGCGAAUCUUGAAGAGUCCGGCAAUUUCGAAGUAGAUUUUUGGACUCACCCCUCCCACGUAGGUGCAGCUGUUGAUAUUCGUGUGAGUGCUUUGCAGUACCCUCGUCUCGCUAAGCUACUGGAGUCUAAUGGGAUCAUAUUUACCAUUCUUAUCCCGGAUGUGCAAGACUUGUUGGAAAGUGAGAACCCGCCUCCAGCCCGAUCAGCAAGAGCAUACGACUAUGGUCGUUACAAUAGGCUAACUCCGAUGGUAGAUGAACUCAGGAGCCUUGUUUCUUCUCAUCCAAAUUUGGCAAGUUUAGUGGAAGAGUUCGGCACGUCAUACGAGAAAAGGACGAUUUAUGCUGUAAAGAUAUCAUCCAAUCCUAACGCUGGACGCAAAACAUUUUUUAUCAACUGUGGAAUUCAUGCUCGCGAGUGGAUCACUCCUGCGACUUGUAUGUUCAUGAUAAAUCAGAUGCUGAAGAAAUAUGGCAAAGACGCGUCCGUCACUAACAUGGUGGAUAGGCUGGAUUGGGUGAUCAUGCCAGUAUUUAAUGUGGAUGGAUAUGAAUUCACUCACACCGGGAAUCGAAUGUGGAGAAAGACUAUGUCUCGAAAUAGUGGGUCUAGUUGCCUAGGCACAGACCCCAACCGUAACUGGAACUUCAGAUGGAAACGUGUCUCUGACAUUGCAGUCAACGCACUUUAUAAUGCUGGAUACCGGACGCAAUAUAGAGUUGGUCCCUCGUCUAUUAUUAUUUACGCAAAUUCAGGAUCUACAAAGGACUGGGCAUAUGGGGUCCUUGGCGUGAGGUACUCAUUUGCCCUGGAACUGAGAGAUAAGGGACAAUAUGGCUUUUUAUUGCCAGCCAAUCAGAUAAUACCAACUGGUCUGGAGACGUUCGCUGCCAUCAAGGCAAUGGGUGCAGCACUUAAAAUCUGAUGAAGAAGUGUCUGUCAGUUGCAUUAUAAUUACCAUUGAAAAAUGUCCCGGGAAAAAAAUUUCCAGAGAAUAUUGAUUAAAGGGGAUAUUUGAUUUUAAAGUGUGAGAGUUUAAUCACUGCUAUAUCAAUCACAGUCCGAAAAGACCUCUAUUUGUCAUAAAGUUGCGAACAAUAUCACA